AGUCUCAUCACACAUUCUGUUUGUUAAACAAGUUAUUCUUGAAAUGGAGAUGAAAUUUUAUUUUAUUUUUGUUCUUACUUUUCAACUGUUUUUGGCUACACGUGCAAUUUAUGAUGGAAGACGAGCAAAAAUUAGUGAGAUUCCGUAUAUUGUGCUUAUUAAAAACGCGAGAAUAUACUGUUCUGGAGCGCUAAUCAGUAAUCGUCAUGUUUUAACAGCUGCACAUUGUUUAAGGAAAAGUAAAACUGUGACAGUGACAAUCGGAACUAAUACCUAUUUUGAAAAUGAUGAAGAAAAUCCAUACGCUAUGGUAAUUAAGUCUAAUAAGACAUGGAUGCACGAGAAAUUUUCAUUGCCAUCAGCUGUGUAUGAUAUUGGAAUUAUAGAACUUCCCAAAAAUGUAACCUUUUCAAAAUCAGUUCGACCUCUAAAAAUCUCAACAAAAAGAAAUGUUGAGAACGAUUUCAAUGAUUUGGAAGUGAUUUCUGCUGGUUUUGGAUAUCCUGAAAAUUCAGCUGGUCCAUCAACGUUUCUUUUAUAUGCUCGAUUAAAAUUAAUAUCUUUAAAAGAAUGCAAAAAGUUUAAAGAAUACUAUAUUGAAGAUUUAAAUCAAGAUCACAUUUGCAUAUCAUCAAUUCGAGGUCAACCAUGUGAUGGAGACUCAGGAUCGCCUGUGAUUUCAACAAAAACAAGAGAACUGAUAGGAAUUAUAAGUUAUAUAAAGGAUGCUGAGAAUGGAGUUGAUAUCAGCUUCAAUGAUUGUCAGUCAAUUGUUCCAGCUGUUGCUACACGAGUGUCCUCAUACUUAGACUGGAUUAGUGAAAAGACUGGACUUAAAUUUGUUAGUAAUAAGAAUUAAGACAACUUAAUUC